UAAAUUUUUAACCAAAAAUAAAAUGUAUAUUAUUGUAUUGGUUGGAGAGAAAAGUGGUUUGUAGGCCAAAAGGCAGGGAUAAAUCUUGUGAAAGGUAAAAUAUUAUGAUGUGAAACACAAUUCCCAGAGACUUGGUUAAACCAAAAAACCGAAAUUCAGUAGAAAAUUCCAAAGUGGAGAGGGGCGCAGCUUAUGCGACGACGCAACCCCGCGCACAUUAGCGUCCGUCAUGACCAGAAGGAGUCCCCUAGGGCACCUAUCGUCUUCCCUACAAGUGUAGAAUUCCUCUUUGUUUUCCUUCACCCCAGCCGUCGGAGCAGUUAGCCUUUGCUCGCCGGACCACUUCUCUCUGCAGGCUACCACCGCCUCUCGAAGCUCUCUCUCAUCUCCAAGGGAAUCGGGGUUUUGAAUCAAUGGUGAAGCCUACAAGGAGUCAUCAGGAAGAGGAGGAAGACGACGAUGAAGACAUCAUUGCUAGGAACGACCCCUCUUCGCAAAAAGGGGAUUUAGCGAUGAGGGCAGACGGGAGAAGUGUCGAUCAAAAGGUCAGCGCGCACCGGUCUAAGCAUUCGGCGACGGAGCAGCGCCGGAGGAGCAAGAUUAAUGAGAGAUUUCAGAUUUUAAGAGAUCUCAUUCCUCAAAAUGACCAGAAAAGAGAUAAGGCUUCAUUUUUAUUAGAGGUCAUAGAAUACAUUCAGUUUUUACAAGAAAAGUUACAUAUGUAUGAGGGAUCAUACCAAGGAUGGAGUCAGGAACCCACAAAGUUGAUGCCAUGGGUAAAUAAUCCUAAUAUUGAUAGAAAUCGUGGGCCUGUAGAAAAUUUUAUGGAUCAUUCUCAAGUCAUAAAGAAUGGCUCUGGUCAUGAGAAUAAUGUUGCUGUCAGCCCUGCAACCCUUGUGAAUGCACAAAACCCAGUGGAAUCCGACUUUGGCACUGCUGCUGCAUAUAAUGUAAUGGAUAAUACCCCUGGGCCAGCAAGUCAAGCAGUUCCCCUGAACAUGCCACUGCAAACUAAUAUGUUCACUCAUGUUGGGAGGAGUGACAUACCUGCACAGUCAUUGCAUGGAUCUGUUUCUGAUGUUGAGAACAUUGCUUCCCAGCCCUUACCUCACUUCUCCCACGGUAGACCAUGUACAACUGACUGUGCUGUCCCAAGCAAUACAGUGAAUGAGCAAGAGGAGCUGACAAUUGAAAGUGGAACAGUUAGCAUCUCAAGUGCCUACUCUCAAGGGUUGUUGAAUUCACUAACCCAGGCGCUGCAAUCUUCCGGCGUGGAUUUGUCACAGGCUAGUAUCUCAGUACAGAUUGAUAUUGGGAAACGAGCAAAUAAAGGACUGAAUGCAACAACAUCAAAUGCAAAGGAUUAUGAAAACCCAUCUCCUAGUAAUCGAACAAUGGCACAUUCGGGGUUUAGGAGCAGCAGUGAGGAUUCUGAUCAAGCUCACAAGAGGCUCAGAACAGACACAAGCUAGUAUCAUUAUAAGCUUCUUUUUCCCUUUUCCUUUCCAUUGUCUAUUUUUUUGUUUUUAAUUUCAUUUUAAAAUUUUGUUUGUGGCUUGGGGGAAAGAAAAGAAAAAGAAAGGGUUAUGAGGUAGGCAUAAGAUGGUCCACAAACAACUUGGUUCAGACCAAAUGUACAUGUUUAGCUCAUGGUUUGCCAGGAAGCAUUGAUUCUCCUUGGAAGAAUCCUUGUUCAGUGUUCUUUUAGUUUGGUACUAUGUUAUUUCAGAUAUAGAGGCUUCCAUGCAGAUAUUGAGAAGCUGCUUUUCUAUCCUUGCUAA